AACUAAGGUUGUAUAUGCUCGUAACGCCGCCGGCGUCUGUUCCACUGCUCUCUGCAAAAUUCUGUGUAACUCAAGUGACGUGUUGACUCUAUUUGUGAUUAGAUCCAUGUAAUUUUUCCCCUUAUAAAUAUUUACACUUGGCAAUUUUUGCAUCGGCUGGACGCUUUUGCGAGCCGCUCGACCGAAACAUGGCUUUGCCGGCGAAUUACAAGCAAGUGGCCAUGUCUGCGGCCAACAUCGCGACCCCGCCAGCUCCUCGAAUGAGGCAAACUGGCUCUGGUUCGGCUGCUGCUAAAGAGACAAGCCCUUUCAUUCAGACUCCUCAUGGACAUCCAGGUUUUACUCCACAAAAAGUUGGCAAAAAUGCUCCAACUGACUCAAGAAUGCCAAAACCACCCAAGCCUCCAGAGAAGCCGCUUAUGCCAUACAUGAGGUAUAGCCGUAAGGUAUGGGAUACUGUAAAAGCACAAAAUCCUGAGCUAAAACUAUGGGAAAUUGGUAAAAUCAUUGGACAAAUGUGGAGGGAUUUACCAGAAGAUGAAAAACAAGAAUAUCAAGAUGAAUAUGAAGCUGAAAAGGUUGAGUACGAUAAGAGUUUAAAAACUUAUCACAACUCACCAGCAUACUUGGCUUAUAUUGCAGCCAAAAAUAGAGCAUUGUGUGCAGCACAACAAAGUACUGAUGAUAGAGAAACUCACGAUCGAUCAUCCAGUAGUAGCAAAAAUCAAACUUCCCAAGAUCGAAGGAUUGACAUAUUGCCUGCUGAAGAUGAAGAUGAUCAAGAUGAUAGCUAUUCUGUUAAGCAUGUUGCUUACUCGCGUUACAUUCGUAAUCAUAGAUUAAUAAAUGAGAUAUUUAGUGAUACUGUAGUUCCAGAUGUACGAUCAGUUGUAACAACACAGAGAAUGCAAAUAUUACGAAAACAAGUUCUAUCAUUGACUAUGCAUCAAAAAAAACUAGAAGCAGAAUUACAGCAAAUUGAAGAGAAAUUUAGUGCUAAAAAGAUGAAGUUUAUGGAAGCUAGUGAACUAUUUCAAGAGGAACUAAAGAAACACUGUAAGCCAGCUGUUAAUGAUGAGACGUUUAAUAAAAUGGUUGAAAGACAAUUUGAAGCAUUAAAGAAAGAAAGAAGUAAGGGUUCAGAAGAAAACAAAUGUCCAGAAGGCCCACCAUCAUCAGAAUCAACUCCGACUUCAACUCCAGCACAGACACCUGCUCCAAAUGAAGAAUCAUCUGCUGAGACUCCAGAUGAUGAUAAAAAUAAAAUGGAAAUUGAUACUCCGGUGGAACCAAAAAAACCAAUAUCUUCUCCAACACCAUCAGAGAAUAAAGGGGACACUUCAUCACAAAGUAAUCCUAGCCCAAACAGCACUCCCAGUCCUUAUUCACCCAUGAAUAAUCCACAUCAAAUGCAAACACCUCUUGCAGGUCAGCAACAAAUGACUGGUCCUUCUUCAAUGUUAGCUGGUCAACAACCACACCCUCAUCAACCUGGAAUGCCAACAGGAAUGAUGAAUCAGCAACAACAGCAAAUGGGUCUUCAAACUUCAGCGCAAGCAAUGCCACCUCAACCUCCACCAACUACUGCUCCUCAACUAAUACCUCCUCAUCCAUCUCAACUUCGACCUCACAUGCCAAUUUCUUCAGGUCCGCCUACACAACACCCAUUAUCAGGUCCUCCACAAAUACAAGGUGAAAACCAACACCCCAAUCAACAACCUCCAACAGGAACAGCCAACAACAGUAACAGCAAUAACAACAACAAUGAAUCAAAUGGUCAGCAUCAACCAAUGCCCAGCUCGCUUGGUCCAAUGCCCCCUGCUACUUCCUCAAAUCAACAAUUACCACCUCAACCACCUCAGCACAUACCACCACAGCAUCCACAGCAGCAAAUGAUGCCUCCCCAACAACAACAUAUGACUCCACAGCAACAACAGCAACAGCCAUUGCCUCCACAUCAGUCGCAAAUGCCACCUCCUCAGAUGCAACCGCAACAAUCAAUGCAACAAUCUCCAAUGCAUCAACAUCAGCAAUCACCUAUGUCAGCUCCAGGACACCCCUUUCAACCGCAUCAUCUACCCCAACACCUAUCUCAAAUACCGCAAGCUUCUCCUGGCCAACAACCACCAAUUCCUUCACCGCAACAGCAGCAGAUGCCUUCAACUCAACAGCAAUUACCUGGUCAGCAACCACCUCAUUUAGCUUCUCAACAACAAUCUCAAUUACCUCCCUCUCAACAAUCAGGUGGUCAAGCUCAGCAACAACCUAUUCCACCUCAAUCAACUCAAGCCUCUUCAGGCCCUAAUCAACAGCAAAUGCCCCCAAUGUCACAAGGCCAAUCCAUUUCUAGUGGUCCACAAUCUCAACAAUCACCAAUGCCGCCAUCCUCACAACCUUCAUCUCAAAUGCCGCCUCAUCAUCCAUCGAUGCAGUCUCAACAUCAACAACAAAUGCCGCCUCAACAGCAGCAAAUGCCACCACAACCGCCAAUGCCUCCUCAACAGCAACAAAUGCCCCCUCAACAACAACAACAGAUGCCUCCUCAACAACAACAGAUGCCUCCGCAACAACAGCAAAUGCCACCUCAGCAGCAGCAGAUGCCCCCUCAACAACAGCAAGGACCACCCCAACCUCCGCAAGGUCCUCCUCAACAAGGGCCCCAACCACCAAUAACAUCUCAGCAGCAAAUGACUUUACAACAACAAAUGCCUCCUCAUCAACAAAUGCCUUCUCAACAUCAGUCGAUGCCUGGACAACCACAAGGACCACCAAAUACUUAUGCUCCAUCUUCAACACAAGUACCACCAAUGCAAUCAUCUAUGAUGAAGAAUCAAGCAGCAGCAGCUGUAGCAGCGGCUGCAGUAGCGGCUGCUGCUGCGAACGCGGCUGCUAGUCAGCAACAUGGACCUCACCCACCAUCCUCACCAUCAAUGCAUUCUGGCGGCCCUCAUGGUAUGCCACCGCAAGGAGGCCCCAUUCACCCGCAACCUGGUGCUCCACCCCAUGGACCUCCCCCAGGCAUGGGAUACCCUCAGCAGUAUCAGCCACCUGGUGGCCCUGGACCACAGGCUCAAAGCGUCCCUCUGACUCCACGUCCACCUCAUCCGUCAUACAAUUAUCCCCAGCAACAGUAUCACCAACCUUAUGGUGGAUAUUCUCAUCCUUACUAUCAUCAACCAUAUUCGCAAUACCCUCCACACGCUAUGGCACGGCAUCCGCAUCCUGGUGUUCACAAUCCUUACCAUCCUCCCGGUCCCCAUGGCGAAAAUCCUCCCAUGGGAGGACCUGGUGGGCCACCUGGUAAUCCUCAAGAUUCUCAACAGCCGCAACCGCCUCCAAAUGCUGGACCUGGAUCAUAUCCUCCUUCAUCAACACACAAUGAAAGUGACAGGAGUGGGCCUCCUGAAUCGCAAGAUUCUCAAUCUGAUAGUAAAUCUGGUUCCGGUUAAAUAUUUAAUGUUGAAAGCAAAUUAGUGUACAUGUAAAAUUAAUAGCUAUAUUACUUAGAGCUUUAAGCAUUUAAUUUUUUAUGUGCUAAAUUAAUGACAAUUAAUUAUCGAUUAAUUUUUAUGUCGGUAAUUAAAAAAUUAUAAAUUUCAUAAACGAGUUUUGAUAGAAUAACAAGUGACAAAAAUAACUUCACUCUUUAAUAUAUUAAGAAUUAUAUCUUAAUAAUUUUAAGGUUGAUUGUAU